UCCCGCUGCGGAGCUCCCGGUGUGGGGCUCCCGGGGCGGGGUUGCCGGCGCGGGGUUCCCGGUGCGGGGCUCCUGGCGCGGGACGCUGAGCCGGGCUGAGCCGGCACCCCGGGGCGCUCCACCCCGAGGCCCUCCCGUCCCCCGCGCUCCCCCUGUCCCCGCCCGGUGCCCCUCGUGCCCCCCGCACCAUGCCCGAGCAGCUCAGCCUGGCCGACUUCUUGGCCGUGACCAGCGAGGACCUGAGUUCCCCGGCCGCUGCCUUCGCCUCCAGGAUGCAGAAGUGCCGGGGGGCCGUGGGGGCUCUGGAGGAGAACCUGGAUGGGGACCAAGCUGUGCUCCAGAGGAUCAGGAAAUAUGUGAAAGCCAUUCACAUCUCCGGGCUCGCCCAUGUGGAGAAUGAGGAACAGUACAGCGAGGCCCUGGAGAAUUUUGGCAACAACCACCUCUCCCAGAACAACCAUGAGCUCUCCACCGGCUUCCUCAACCUCGCAGUCUUCACCCGCGAGGUCACUGCACUCUUCAAGAACCUGGUGCAGAACCUGAAUAACAUUGUGUCCUUCCCCAUGGACAGCCUGCUGAAGGGGCAGCUGAAGGAUGGCCGCCUGGAUUCCAAGAAGCAGAUUGAAAAGGCCUGGAAGGAUUAUGAGACCAAAGUGGGGAAGAUGGAGAAGGAGAAGGAGCGAGCCCGCUUGGCUGGGGCCACCCAGGCUGAGCCAGCAGCAGCCGAGGUGGCCGAGGACGUGCAGAGGGAGCGGCGGCUCCUGCAGCUCCACAUGUGCGAGUACCUGUUAAAAGCCAGCGAGUCUCAGAUGAAGCAGGGACCAGAUUUCCUGCAGAGCCUCAUCAAGUUUUUCCACGCUCAGCACAAUUUCUUCCAAGACGGCUGGAAGGCUGCCCAGAACCUCUCCCCCUUCGUUGAGAAGCUCGCGCUGUCCCUGCACACGCUCCGGCAGGCGCAGGAGGAGCAGCUGAAGCAGCUGGCACAGACCCGCGAUGCCCUGCGCAGUGUCCUGCAGCUGGACAGCCGCGAGGAAAACUUGGGCAGGAAGAACUCUGGCAGUGGCUACAGUAUCCACCAGCACCAAGGCAACAAGCAGUACGGGAUGGAGAAGUCAGGAUUCCUGUACAAGAAGAGCGAUGGGAUCCGCAAAGUGUGGCAGAAGAGGAAGUGCGGUGUGAAGUACGGCUGCCUGACCAUCUCCCACAGCACGAUAAACCGUCCUCCUGUGAAGCUGAACCUCCUCACCUGCCAGGUGCGGCCCCAUACCGAGGAGAAGAAAUGCUUUGACCUGGUGACACACAACAGGACCUAUCACUUCCAAGCGGAGGAUGAGCAGGAGUGUGUUGUGUGGGUCUCGGUGCUGCAGAACAGCAAGGACGAAGCCCUGAGCAAUGCCUUCAAGGGGGAUGGGGGCGGUGGCGGGCUGGCGGCUGGCGCCGGGCCAGAUGGCGGUGUGCAGGAGCUCACCAGGCUGGUGAUCAGCGAGGUGAAGAACAUGCCAGGAAACAAGCAGUGCUGUGACUGCGGUGCCCCAGAUCCCACGUGGCUCUCUACCAACCUCGGCAUCCUGACGUGCAUCGAGUGCUCUGGUAUCCAUCGGGAGCUGGGUGUGCAUUAUUCCCGCAUCCAGUCCCUGACUCUGGAUGUUCUCAGCACCUCUGAGCUGCUGCUGGCUGUUAGCAUUGGGAACGCUCGCUUCAAUGAGAUCAUGGAGGCCACGCUACCCACACGGGACUGUCCCAAGCCCUCGGCCAGCAGUGAUAUGGCUGCACGCAAGGAAUACAUCAUGGCCAAGUACAUGGAGCGACGCUACGUGCACAGGAGCAGCCAGGACAAUCCCCAUGGCCUCUGGGAAGCCAUUCGAGACCGUGACCUCCUGGCUCUGCUCAAGGCCUUUGUCGAGGGGCAUGACCUGACCAAACCCCUGGCCAGCCCUGAUGGUCAGGAUGCAGGUGAGUUGCCGCUGCACGUGGCCGUGCGCCAUGCCGACAGAUCAUCCCUUCCCUUGGUGGACUUCAUCAUCCAGAAUGGGGGAACACUGGACCGGGUGACACAGGAUGGAAAUACGGCCUUGCACUAUGGUGCACUCUACAACCAGCCCAACUGCCUCAAGCUGCUUCUGAAAGGCAAAGCCACCUUCACCACAGUGAACGCAGCGGGCGAGACAGCUCUGGAUGUGGCGAGGAGGCUGAAGUACAGCGAGUGUGAGGAGCUGCUGGAGCAGGCGCAGGCAGGGAAGCUCUCCCUGCAAAUCCAUGUGGACUAUGACUGGGAGCCCCCAUCAGAGUUCCCCUAUGACAGUGAGGAUGAGCUGGAGGAGAAGGUGGGCCCCCUCCAGCGCUCCUUCAACGGUACAUCAGCACUGGCUGCCAGCCCGCUGCCCACCUGCCCCCAGAGCCCCUGGAGCUGCGUGGGGAUGGACAUCACCAACAAGACCUACGAGAGCAUCCUGGUGCCCUUGCGCCCUGCGCCCCACCGGGCCCACAGUGAGGAGAUGCCCCCACCGCUGCCCCUCAAAAACCCCACGCGGGGCAGCUCUCGCCCCAAAGCCAGCCUCAGCCCCAGCGAGCGCCCUGAACUGCCCCGGCAGGCAUCGGAGCCCCACUGCCCUCCGGCGGAGGUGCUGGCAGCGCGCAGCCUGCCCUGUGCCAGCAGCAUGGCCGCCCCGGAUGGCAGCCCCAGCAGCCGCAGCCCCAGCGAGAGCCAGCGGGCACCAUACUGGGAAACGCGCUCCGAGCCCGAGCCCAGCAGCAGCCGGCGCGGGCCGGAGCUGAGCCCCCCACCCACACAGCCCCUGCCCGGCGCCACGGCCCCCGACAUCCCCCCUGUCAAGUUUGGCUCAGAGAGCACCCGCUCGUACCGGCGCAUCAGUGCCACGGUGGGCAGAAUGGGGGUGGCUGGGUCCCCCCAGAGCCCUGGUGGCCCCGAGGACCCCCCUCUCAGCAAGGUGCCCCCUGUGCCCAUGCCCAGGAGAUUUGCUCCGGCCAAGGGGAGGCAGAAGCGGGUAAAGGCAGUGGCUGACUGCAAGGGGGACAAGGCGCGAGAGCUGACCUUCUCCAAGGGGGAGGUCAUUGUGGUGACACGCGAGGAGGAUGAGCAGAUCUGGGUUGGCUUCAUCGAGGGUGAUGGCUCCCGCACCGGAGUCUUCCCUGCCAGCUUCGUUCACCUCUUGCAAGACUGACUGUGUGCUGGUGGCCCACUUGUCACUGUCUUAUUGGCUGGGACUAGAGGCAGCUCCCUGCUGGGGGCUUGGUAGAACCAGGCCACAAGGGACGUGUGCCCAGGAUCCUGGCAUGAGACCAAGGGGGCCCAAAGCCCCACUGCAUUGGGAAAGGCGUCCGUGGGUGGUGGUUGUGGGGAGCUGAGGAGCAGAGAAUGGAUAUGCUCACUGUGCUGCUGGGCUGAGAUUUCUGUGCCGGCCCCUGCUCUUCCGUCCUUCCUGUGGCCUCUGCCCAUCCCUUGGGUUUUCUUUUUCCUUCUCUGCAAGGAAUAGGGGAUGGGGGAGCUGUAUUUGGUGUCUCCCACCCUCUGCCAGAUAGUCAUGAAGCCUCCUCCUUAUCCUGGGGGCAGCCAUGCACUGCCAGCCUCUUUCUGUACCCCAACUGUGAAUGGGAUGGGCAAGAAAAAGAAGAGGGUUUUUUUGUGUCCAUCCCCCACCCCAUGUUCUGACAGCUGCCUGGACUGGCAGAGUUUGGGAAUGCUUCAAAGGUUCUCCAAAACUGGAAGUGAAAUGCCUUUCCCUUCUUUGGAGGUCAGGGGAUGUUUCAGGUGGUACCACAGAGCCCCUGUCCCAUGUCUCUCAUACAGGGUGGGUGCUGGAUCACCACCCCUUCCCUGGGGAGGGCUCUCAGAGGGGGCUUUGCAGAUUUUGCUAGGACCAGAAUACCCCUGUACCAGUGUCCCUUGGGAUCCACCUACCUCCAUAGCCCCUCGCUUUAACCUUCUCACUUCUGUGUCAAAUGCUUAAUCUCAAAAAAUAUUUUAAAAAAUGUUUUCUGUCUCUGAUUUCUAAUAAACCAUAAUUUUUUUUAAGC